GAGGGAGCCACAGCUGGAGGCUGCUCUUGUGCCAAUGACCCUUCCCAAUUCUUCCUGCGCCUUCGAAGACAAGAUGUGCGAGGGGAACAAGACCACCAUAGCCAACCCCCAACUCAUGCCCCUGGUGGUGGUCCUGAGUGCCAUCUCCUUGGUCACAGUGGGACUCAACCUGCUGGUCCUAUAUGCUGUGCGGAGCGAGCGGAAGCUACACACUGUGGGGAACCUGUACAUUGUCAGCCUCUCCGUGGCAGACUUGAUCGUGGGAGCUGUCGUCAUGCCCAUGAACAUCCUCUACCUCCUCAUGUCCAAGUGGUCCCUGGGCCAGCCUCUCUGCCUCUUUUGGCUUUCCAUGGACUACGUCGCCAGCACAGCAUCCAUUUUCAGUGUCUUCAUCUUGUGCAUUGAUCGAUACCGCUCUGUCCAGCAGCCCCUCAGAUACUUGAAAUAUCGUACCAAGACCCGAGCAUCAGCCACCAUCUUGGGGGCCUGGUUUCUCUCCUUCCUGUGGAUUAUUCCUAUUCUGGGAUGGCAUCACUUUAUGUCACAGUCCUCGGAACACCGGGAAGACAAGUGUGAGACAGACUUCUAUGAUGUCACCUGGUUCAAGAUCAUGACUGCCAUCAUCAACUUCUAUCUGCCGACCUUGCUCAUGCUCUGGUUCUACGCCAAGAUCUACAAGGCUGUACAGCAACACUGCCAGCACCGAGAGCUCAUCAAUGGAUCCCACCCUUCCUUCUCUGAAAUUAAGCUGAAGCCAGAGAACCCCAAGGCAGGGGCCAAAAAACCAGGGAAGGAGUCCCUCUGGGAGGUUCUGAAAAGGAAGUCAAAAGAUGCCAGUGGUGAGCCUGUCUUGAAGCCACCAUCCCAAGACCCAGGGGAGAUGAAAUCCCCAGGUGUCUUCAGCCGAGACGAGGACAAAGAAGUGGACAGACUCCAGUGCUUUCCACUUAAUAUUGUGCAGGUGCAAACUGAGGCAGAGGGGAGUGGCAGGAGUUAUGUAGUUUUCAACCAGAGCCAGAGCCCACUUGGGAUGGAUGAACAGAGCCUGAACAUGCAUGGGGCCAAUGAGAUGUCAGAGGAUCAGAUCCUAGGUGAUAGCCAGUCCUUCUCCCGGACAGACUCAGACACCCCCACAGAGUCAGCAUCAGGGAAAGGUAAACCUACAAGUGGGUCUAGCAUAGGCCUUGAUUACAUCAAGUUCACUUGGAAGAGGCUCCGCUCCCAUUCAAGGCAGUAUGUGUCUGGGCUGCACAUGAAUCGAGAACGGAAGGCCGCCAAACAACUGGGUUUUAUUAUGGCGGCCUUCAUCCUUUGCUGGAUUCCUUACUUCAUCUUCUUCAUGGUCAUUGCCUUCUGCAAGAACUGUUGCAAUGAGCGUGUGCACAUGUUCACCAUCUGGCUGGGCUAUAUCAACUCCACGCUGAACCCCCUCAUUUACCCCUUGUGCAACGAAAACUUCAAGAAGACAUUCAAGAAAAUUCUGCACAUUCGCUCCUAAGGGAGGCAACAAGAGGAUGCAAACAAAGCAAUGUUCCUGAAGAAAAUGGAGGAUGAAGCCCUGUGAGUUGCCAGGCACCUGGGCUUUCUGGAGUCAAAAAGAAUAGUCUUAAGGACUAGUAACUUGGAAAGUUCUUAGGUACCACUGGCAGAACAGCAGAUGGCGGUGGUCAGCAGAUAGAUUGUGUACUCUGAGCAGAGAGCAGGAUAUUUCCAAGAGAAUCAGAUCUGGAUGAGUUCUCCUGCUCCUCAGGAAGUGUGGGAGCCUCAGACUCUCAUUGUAAUUCAAGCUUGCAGACUGGAAUUAAUUGGAAACCGAAGGGACACGUGGGGAGAGUUUCACUGGUGAAUUAGACGGAACUCUUAAGCCUUCCUGGAAUGGAGUUAUAGGACUGUGUAGAGACCUUACAUAUGCAGAUAGAUGCUGUCCCCUUCCAGGGGUCACCUUGAUAGGCAUGACGGCAAUUCUAUCGUGACUGUGGUCACUUCUUAGAACACCUCUCCUCUGAGCCCCUUCUACAGCUUUCUCAGAACCAGUGUCUGAACCACCUUGGAAAUUCUGCCUUAUUAUUUCUCAUUCACGCAUAUCUUAGAGUUAGUAGGAAAUUAUGAAGCUUGUACGUUCACUGUUUUCAACCCCCAAUUCCUUUUGACUAGUAACAAAAAAAUGAUAAAAGAUGGCCUCAAAAGAAAGAGGAAAAGGGUAUUUUUUAACGGUUGCAAAAUAAAAACAAAAAAAUGGGAAUAGAGAGAAGAAAGCCACGUUUCUUGAAGGCUGGGUUAUGUUUAUCUCAUUGAAGCUCUAUGACACCCCACAGCAGGAGGAUGGUGUUACUAGAGGAGCAAAUUGAGGUGUGGCAAGGUGAAAUAAGGUGCCCAACAUCACAUAGUUGGAAUGAAAACCCGGUGGGGUUCCAGCUUAUUGUCACAUGUUACCUCCAAAUGGCAAAAAUUUGUCCUGUUAAGUAUACAACACAUACACACACACAAACACACACACACACACACUAUUCCUGAAAGUGGUGGCAAUUCUCAAAAGGAUGUGUUGAGAGAAGGAAUUGCUGACAUAGAAUAUGCCCGAGGCUGCAGAAGGUGAUACUUUGAAGGCACAGUGUGCAUUUUUAUCUGUGAGUUCUGCUGUGUUUGUUGAAGAAAAGUCAUCAUGUUCUUUUAUAGGCACACUUUUUCUGUAGUUUCCCAUGCCUUUCACUAGCAAAGGCAUGGGAACAUCCAGUUUUCCUUGGGUUUAUAUCGCAAUCCGGUUGUGAUUUAUAUUUUAAAACUUAAUGCCAAACUGUCAUAUAUGUAGAAAAAUGGAGUGCGUGUAAAAGCUGAUAUUUUGUCUCUUGUGUUCCUGUUUGCAUGAUCUGUUAAAAUGACAGAUUUUUACCUACCUAAAAUAUGAUAUUUGAAACUA